AUGCGUGAUCCACGUUUAUAUCGAAAUAGACAGUUCAUUGAAAGAGCUCUCAACAACCUGGAAUAUUCAGAAAUAAGCAACAGAAUUUCUGCAAUUGAUUUUUUACAAAAUGUGGCUUGUAUAAAUAUUAAUCCCGAGCUGAUUUUGCAAAAAAUUAUCAAUUCAAUGACAGAUGAAGACGACAUUGUUCGAGCGAGCAUCGAUGCAAUAAAACAAUAUUGUCAAACAAAAUGCGAAAAUGCGUGUGAAUUUACAAUGAAACUAGUUUGGAAAAAAGAUCAAUCAGAACUUGUUAAUUUCGCCAAACAUAUCGAUUUUGCAUAUAUUUUUCUUUAUUUGAAGAAAGUUUAUGAGAAAGAACUGGCUGAAUUUCUGCUGGGCCACAUGAGAUUUCCGGAUCCUUUUCUUGGCGACAAUGAGCAAUUUGAGUAUUUCCAAGUUUUCUGUGCCACAUUCAAUAGAGAUGACAUGGCCGAGUAUAACUUUUUUGAAGAAGUCACCGAUGCUUUCAAUAAAAAGAUUUCAUUCAUAAGUUAUCGAGAAUUGAUGUUUCAAUCGAAUCUGGUCGAUUAUUUAUAUCUUGCACGACAGUUUUUACCUGGUCUCGGAAAUAUAUUUAGACAUGCAAUAGUUUUGGAUUUGAAAAAAGUUGGUGGAAAUAUUUUGAUUAAUGGAUCAAUUCAUCUGAAGAAAAAAUGA